AGUUCUUUGUGUGAUUAUGGGUUCUAAAUUCUUUCUAAUUUAACACAGGGACAAUGCCAAGACAAAAAAGAGGCCUAUCUCAGCCAAAAACAGCACAGCCUUCCAAACGUAAGAGGAGUGCAACAAAAAGCACACCCUGCACUGUGGUAAAUGAACAACAAACUGAAACCACCUCACCUGCAGCUAUGAACACCAAUGCCGUUCAGGUUGACUAUGUAAAAUUGGCAGCGGAGAUACUCAAACAACAAAACGCUGCAUCUCAACAGACUGCACUCAUUCGAGAUCCAUCAGACACCUCAGCUCCAUCCCCUUCAGCUCCGUCUACUUUGGCUCUGUCCACUUCAGCUCCGUCCACUUUGGCUCCAGCCACUUCGGAUCAACCCCCACCGGCUACAUCCUCAGCGUCACAGGCUGCGGAUCUAUUGUCUUUAAUUGACAAUGUUUUUAGUAGUAAAACAGGAGGCUGCCAGCAUUGCCCCAAAUCUGUCUUCAAUACAAACAUUCAUUCCGUCUCACUUACUAGAGAUCUGAGUGCAUCCUCCCAACAUCUUCUUCAGGCUGCACUUUCAACAUCUUCAAGAGUGGCAUACCACAGAAGCUGGCAGCUCUUCCUCCAGUGGAAACCUUCAUUCACCUCAUUACCGGUGUCAGAGGUAGAUUUGUGCAAUUUUAUUGGAUAUCUCUUCUCUGAGAAUUAUGCCCCAUCCUCAGUAUCUUCACAUGUCUCAGCAAUAGGCUACCUCCACAAAAUCUGCAGCUUACCAGAUCCCACUGAAAAAUUCCUACCCAAAAAACUCCUGAAAGGAUGCCAUGCACUAGUGCCACAGCAGGACACAAGACUUCCAAUUACAACGGACAUCCUGCGUAAAAUUAUUCAGGCUAUUAACAUUGUUGAACCACUCUUAGGUAAUAGGUUACUACUUAAAGCCUUCUAUCUUCUGGCCUUUCAAGCUUUCUUAAGAAUAGGUGAACUCGCCACUCGUUCCGCUAACUCUAAUCAUGUAUUACAGCGUUCUGAUGUUAGCUUCAGAGUCUCAAAUGGCAUCUUAUCAGGGGUUACCAUUGUUAUGAAACAUUUCAAGAAUAACACUGAGCAGAAACCAGUUACUUUGCACCUUUCAAACAGCAGUUCCAUUACCUUCUGCCCUGUUAAGGCAUUGUAUGAUUACACUACUCACUUUGCUCACACUUCAGGGCCACUUUUUCAAUUCAUGAGUGGGGAACCAGUCACACACCAUUUUAUAAGCCAGCAGCUAUGCAAGUUAGUCUCAUUCAUUGGCCUUGAUCCAAAACUGUACAAAGGACACAGUUUUCGAAUUGGUGCAGCAACUCAUGCAGCAUCUCUGGGUUUCUCUGAAAACUAUAUUCAGAAGCUGGGUAGAUGGCGCUCGAAUGCAGUACGCAGGUACAUCCGCAUAUCUUCAUUUGAUAUAUAACCUCCCAAAAUCUAUUUAAAUCCACACCUGAGUUCAGCAUCUGGCUGCUCAUUUUUUGUGGAUGGCUAGCAGACCCCUUCCAUUCCUGAGUCCAGCAUUUGGCUGCUCAUUAUACCUGCAUACUUUAUACGAGUCCAGCUUUUUGCUACUUAUCUCAUUUCCCCCUUCCUUUCUGUGC